AUGAAAGAUGCUUGUGUUACUGUUCCUUUGGCCGAGAAGAAAGUUGAUGUGAAUGCUAUGGUGUCUGUGUUAGGUGAUUACAUCACUAAACCUGUACGUCCAGAUCCAAAGAUAUUCCACCUGGACAUCACCCCUGCUGUUCAACAUGGUGUAGACAAUUUGUUAUUCAAUCUACUGGUACUUGGUGGUAUAACUGACACUCAUGGCCGUGUAUGGAGGCGUUACCCAUGGGAUUUAUAUGUGAUUGAAAUUACAGCGCCCUCUCAGGCAGUAAAUACUGCUGAGGCUGCUGUCCCCACAGGAUGUCAAGAAACAAAGGUUUUUCAUGGCCACCAGUUCCAUACAUUGCUGCCUACUAGAACAUGUAGAUCACCAAGGGUUACUCUAGAAUUGGAAUCAAGCAUGGCACGCUGUGAAGAACCAGCAAUGACUAUCAAUGAUCCAUUGAUGGACAAUCUGGAAUUUACUAGUAAUGCAUAUCAGAGAGCAUAUCAGUAUUUGAAACGACAUUCUAAAGGUGCAAACCUGGAUUUCUAUGAUUUUGAAGAAGGUAAAAUUGAAGACAACCAUGCCACGUGUCUUGAUGUACUACUAAGACAUUGUGGUGUUCUUGAUCCAUCUUGGGCUGAGCUACGACACUUCGUAUGGUUCCUUAAUGAACAACUCAACGAUUGUGAAAGUUCAGUCUUUUGUAACCAUGUGCAUCUUGGUGAUGCUAGUUUGAAUGGCUUCAAGAGUUUUGUUGUCAAGUUCAUGGUUCGAAUGUCAAAGGACUUUGCUACUCCAUCAUUACAAAUGUCAGAUCAGAGUACAGCAUGUUUACAAAUGGACAUAGAUAAUGAUGAUGAUACUGGUGAUGACAUUGCUUCCUACCAAUUGAGGAGACGAUGGGAGAGCAGGUGUGGUAUUCCUGUUAUUAUUAUGGGAGAGACUGGAUGUGGUAAGACAAGACUCAUCAGAUUUAUGUGUCAAUUACAAGCAGGAGCUGUUGCAGUUGAUGGACCAAAGAAUAUGGUUUUGAUGAAAGUUCAUGGUGGAACAACAGCCAAUGACAUUCUAAGGAAAGUUGAGGAAAGUGAGAAAUUGGCACUCCAUAAUAAAGAACGACAUAAAGUUGAUACUGUGCUGUUCUUUGAUGAAGCCAACACUACAGAAGCAAUUGGUCUGAUCAAGGAAGUCAUGUGUGAUCAGAGAAUGAAUGGUAAACCACUUACACAUGGAAGUAAUGCUUUGAAGAUCAUUGCAGCUUGUAACCCAUACAGAAGGCACACUAGAGAUAUGAUUGAGAGGCUUGAAAUGGCAGGAUUAGGCUACCAUAUCAGAGCUGAAAAAACUGAUGAUAGACUAGGACGUAUACCCCUCAGACAACUUGUAUACAGAGUGCAGGCCCUGCCUCCCAGUAUGCUGCCACUAGUUUGGGAUUUUGGUCAGUUGAACAGUGAAGUAGAGGAACUGUACAUUAAACAGAUUGUUGCAAGAUAUGUACAUUCAGGACAAAUUCCUGUUGGCAGUGAGCAUGUAAUCAGUUCAGUUCUCGCAGCAUCACAGAGAUUCAUGAGAGAAACUGAGAGUGAAUGCAGUUUUGUGAGCUUACGUGAUGUUGAAAGAGCUAUGAAUGUACUGGUUUGGUUCUACAAGCACAAGGAGGUUGCAAUACUACUCAAAGAUCAAUUUUAUGAAGAUCACAUGGAAGAUGACGUGGAUGAGGAGGAAGAAGAAGAUGAGGAGCCUGAUGAGUAUGAGCCAUUGGACUACCUGACUCAAGCCUUGGUGCUGUCUUUAGGAGUAUGUUACCAUGCUUGUCUACAAGAAGAAAGAGAAGCAUACAGAAAUAACAUAUCUAAAUAUUUCACUCAUCCUUGUGUACUCACUGAAGGUGGCGAUCAAAUGUUGGAAGAAAUCAAUCGAUGUCAAGAUGUGUUUCUGAAGCAACUUAAACUUGGACCUAAUAUUGCCAGAAAUGCUGCGCUGAAAGAGAAUGUCUUCAUGAUGGUCGUUUGUAUUGAGUUAAGGAUACCUUUAUUCUUAGUUGGUAAACCAGGGAGUUCAAAGUCUCUAGCCAAGACUAUUGUAGCUGAUGCCAUGCAGGGAGAGGCUGCUGCUUCUCCAUUGUUUAAAACAUUUAAGCAGGUUCAUAUGUCAUCUUAUCAGUGCAGUCCGUUGUCUACACCAGAGGGCAUUGUGGGUACGUUCAGACAGUGCAGUCGUUUCCAAGAAGGUAAAGAUCUGAAUCGGUUUGUCUCAGUAGUUGUAUUAGAUGAAGUAGGUUUGGCUGAAGAUUCACCAAAGAUGCCCCUCAAGCUACAGAGAGUUAAUUUGAGAGUAAGAUUUGAUGACCUUUCAAGAGAUGAUAAGAUUAAUCAGUUAUGUCAAGUGAUGGGAAUUGAGUGGGCUUUUGAUCCUGAUAACACGUAUGAACUAACAACUGAUAAUGUCAAGAAAAUAUUGGCCAUACAUAUGAGAUUCAGUUAUAGUAUUGUACAUCACUUCUCUCACGACAUCAGAAAGUCUGUGGUUACCAAAUUCAGAGUUAUGACUGACAUUGAAAAUACUCUGUUGUCUGAUAAUACGUUGCAUCCAUUGUUGGAAUAUGGGUGUGAUGAUGAAGAUAAUCCACCACCUCACAAGAAAGUUGCAUUUAUUGGCAUUUCAAACUGGGCGUUGGAUCCUGCUAAGAUGAACCGUGGGAUACUGGUAUCAAGGGGAGUACCCGAUGAAGAUGAACUCAAGGACAGUGCUGAAGGUAUAUGUUCAACAGAUGAAAUUGUGCUGUCUCGUAUCCAACCGAUGAUUCCUGCUUUGGCAAAAGGAUAUUUGAAACUGUACAAGAUCCAGAAUAAAGAAUUCUUUGGUUUACGAGACUUUUACAGUCUUGUCAAAAUGGUGUACGGAUUUUCUAAAGCAUCUGGUGAUCCACCAACCUGGCGACAACUGGUCCAUGCCAUACGACGUAACUUUGGUGGUCUGGAUGAUAUAGAUCCUGUUAAAGUGUUUAAUAAACAGCUACACAAUGUUGAUAAGAGACAAGAAAGGGGACCAAAUGAUCCUGAUUGUGAUCCAGCUGGGCUUAUCCGUGCCAGUUUGGUUGGCUUAGACAGGGGCAUAUUGAACAUGGAAAGUGAGAGUCGUUAUCUGUUGGUAUUAACAGAGAAUUUUGCAGCCCUUGGUAUUCUACAACAGCAGUUACUCAGCAUGGAAGACACUGUCAUCAUUUUUGGUAGCAGCUUUCCCAAAGAUCAAGAAUAUACACAGGUUUGCCGUAACAUCAACCGAAUCAAAGUCUGUAUGGAAACUGGUCGUACUGUUGUAUUAUUAAACUUGGAAAGUUUAUAUGAGAGUUUAUAUGAUGCCUUGAACCAGUACUAUGUGUAUUUUGGUGGACAGAGAUAUGUAGAUUUAGGUCUUGGAACUCACAGAGUGAAAUGUAGGGUACAUAAUGAGUUCAG